AUGAUAGACUUGAUGAAAAAAGCACGAAGCGAUUCGGACGUUUCCCCUCUCGGAACAUACUGCUGGUUUACCGACUACAUCUUCAGCGAGCAUUUCAACGUGUCCAGCCAAACGGCCUUCGCCACAUCCCUGUCGCAGGACUUCCUGCCAAAUAACCUCCGCUACAUUGGUGACGUGGUCUUUGAUGCGCUAAACGAGACGGUGGUGGCGUCCCGCUGCCACGUGAUGUCCGAGAACCUGCGAGAGUCCACACAGCAGGCGGAUCUGAUGUUGCGCAUGCGCGACCUCGCCGACAAUGCCCCUUUGCCCACCUUUGCUUACCAUCCGGCCUUUGUGUUCUUUGAACAGUACGUUAUGAUCAUGAGCUCCACCCUGCAGACGGUCGGCAUCACCCUCGCUGUCAUGUUCGUCGCCACCUUCGUCUUCCUCGUCCACCCUACCAUCGUCCUCCUUGUCUUCAUCAACAUCCUCAUGAUCAUCGUGGGCAUCUUCGGCUUCAUGGGAAUCUGGGGCCUGACUCUGAGCUCGGUCACCAUGAUCCACCUUAUCAUGAGCGUCGGCUUCUCCGUCGACUUCUCGGCGCACGUCUGUUCGGCCUUCAUGCUAGCUCAUGGUGGGUCGCGUCAGGAGCGUGCGCAGUACGCCCUCGUCCACGCCUCCGGUCCCGUCUUCAACAGCGGUUUCUCCUCCUUGAUCGGCAUCGUCGUCCUCGUCUUCUCCGACUCGUACAUCUUCCAAUCCUUCUUCAAGAUUAUGUUGCUCGUCAUCUCCUUCGGGAUCAUCCACGCCGUCUUUCUGAUUCCCGUGCUGCUGUCGUGGAUCGGGCCCAUGAUAGCCGAGGACUCCAUGUUCCAGACAAACGCCAACGGUUCCUGCCAGGAAACAGAUGUCUCCGCCGUCGCCUACAAGAAGCAGAACAUCAGCUCAUCAGGAAACGGUGUUUUGAGCGAGAAACUCAACAGCGACCUGUUUGCUGGCAAUGGCACCAUCAAAAGCCCUCUUUAUGAAACACUAGGUUAUGUUGUGGAAUAUGACAAUCAAGCUUACACGCACUUGUAA